CUAAAUAUCCAAUCCAAACCAACUAUAUUUAGAAUCUAUGUGUAUUGAAAAUGGCUGCCCCCACGAAACACAGCAAAAAUCGUCGGCCGAAAAAUAGGCAAACUAAAAUAUUCUUAGAAUUUGAUGAAAAGGCACGAUCAGAAUAUUUAAGGGGCUUUCAAAAAAGGAAAAAUGAAAGAAAGAAACAAGCUAGAGAAAAGAAUGACCAGAGGAUACUGGAAGAGAGGAAACAGCUGUUAAAACAAGCAAGAGACUUAAAAACUAAUCACCUGCGAGAGAAGUCAGUUGUUAUUCCAGAGAUAGAGCACCUUGUAGACCCCGUGGUGUAUGAUCUUCCUGAGCAUACGGUUACCAUUUCGCAUAUAGGAGAUGUUGAUUUUGUUGGUAAAUCAGGCCUGAGACUUGGCCAAAACACAGCUGUUCCCAAAGUCGCAGAAGAUGCAAGUUCACAUUCUGAGGACGAAGAGGCUCAAGCUAAACCAAAAGAAAAUAAAUCUUUGCGCCAUAAACUAGCAGCAUGCAGCAAUCAGUUAUCAUCUGCUAAGUUAAAAGCUAAGAAAAUGAAGAAAAAACAUAUGCUCAAACAAAAAUUUCAAGCAAAGAAGAAAGGUGAAAAAAAGGGCAAGAAGAAAAAGAGUAAAUAAAAAUAAGAAAACAAAAGAGAA